CCCUAACUCGACCGUUAGUUAGAAGCUAGCAGUCAUUUUCAUCAUCCGCAAAAGUUGGGCAAGCUAGAUAACAUAUUUUGUUUAUUUAGGUAACAUAUUUCAGGAAGUCGCACCUACUCCACAAUAUUCCAAAAGUUGCGGAUUUUAGUGACAAAAAUCGUCACACUAUCAACUAUGACGUUGCGGCUAACUUCUUCAAGAGAGAGGACUUUUCCAAAUUUUACCUCGAAAAAAGUACCUGUUGACCCCAGCAACGCCAUGUCGAAAGUUUUGAGGAAUUCGUUGAUUCUCGACGCCAUCUUCGCCAAACUCGACCUCCCCGACUUGAAGAAUUCUCGUCUCGUUUGCCACGAGUGGAACGAUGUCGGCACUGCUGUAUUAGCAAAACGGACUCGGCUCCAGGUCAACGAGCUUUUAUCCUACAAAUGGCCCAAGUUCGACAAGGUGGCCCCCGUCAACGACAAACUACUUCGACGCCUCCUCAUCUCGUACAAAUUCGACCCGUCUACCCCGAAAAAGAGGAAGACCGACGUUAUUAAAAAGGCGCUCACCCACGUGCCCAAAGUGUCUCAAUUAACUCGUGAAAUUAAAUUUUUCGUCGCCGAGAAGAAAUUUCUCCCCGCUUUCCUCGAAGGAAUUAGGGCGUUGGGGUCCACGAAAAUCCAAGACAUUGAAAUCCUUAGUGGCUGGCGACUUGAUCCCGAUGGGGACUACAAAAUUGCACCUCGGGCGUUUCAAAAACUCCCGCCUCAACCUAGCUUGACCUCGCUUAAGUUCACGAUUAAUUCAGAGUUUCGACUUGAUCGCACCACUGGGUGCCACGAAUUCCACCCCCUGAUCCAAAUCUUGAUCGAUGCUGCCCCCAAUUUGACCACUUUGGACGUCGCGGCGUCUCUCUAUCCGAAUUUGGAGGGGUGUAGUAGCCUUAAAGUUCUGAAAUACAAAUUUGGAACGUAUUACAAUUAUAAUAUACCUGACAUCAAUUUGGAUAAUGUGAUCAAGAUGCUGGCUCAGGUCAAGGAUUCCGUAAUCGUGCUGGAAUUGGCGCUGGAUUCACUUUCUACUACCUUGAAGCAGAUCCAAACUGUUUGGGAUGUUCCCGUGAUGUCCAACGUUACCACGCUCUCCACCCGUUCCAUAAACACGUACCAAAUUCGGGACUUUUUUGACGAGGACCACUUUCCAAAAUUAAAAACCCUCUCCAUCCACCAAGGAACGGGGACGUCCCAUGCAAAUUUGUGGGGGCAACAUGGAGAAAUUCAAUCUCUCUCUGUGGUCGUAUGGUCCUUGAGGGACAAGGAAUUUGUGGGAAAAUUGAUCCGUGUAUUUCCUGCCGUUAAGAAACUCGAGUUGAGGUUGGAGAUCGCAUAUCACACUUCCGUUUCAGACAUCAACCAGACUAUCGAACCGUUCCAAAUCUGGGAUUUGGAACGGGUCAACGUACAUGUUGCCACGGAAUUGCAAGGCGUGUACCCCGUGUUGAUCCAAGUCCUCAAAGCCAUGUCGCUCAUGAAAGGAGUUAAGAGUGUCCUUUUUACGGGCAUUUUCGUCAAGGAGGAUAACUUUACUCCCCAUGUUGAGGAUCUCAUCUUGCACAGUAGAGGAUUGACAAGCGUGGAAAUGUCGGGGCGUAUGUCAACGGAAAUCGAGGAACGAAUGCGACCCAUUUUUGAAGCCAGUGGUGCACCCAUUCAUUUGAGAAGAAGCGUUCCUCAUAACUAAAUCAGAUAGGAAUUUUUGUAUAUCUUAUUGGUUCCUCGAUUGUGAAUUGGAUUUUGGGAUGAAAACUGUUUAGUGUCGCCAAGAUGACUUCUUUCUUAAUGUGGGAAAAGGUGUCAUCAACGUACAGCUGCUAGAAGGAUAUGAAAGGGUAUUAAAUAUUUGUAUUAAAUAUUUCCAUUUAAAUACUAAAUGUUUCAUACGCUAGAAAUUAUUUCUAAGCUGCAUGUUUUUUGAACUGUCAAUUUACAACGGCAGUAAACCUGGUGAAUUUUUCCGGAGGGUUGGCCAAAUUUUCGCGAAUAUUGUCUAAUAUGCAUUUACCUAGUGACGAAUCGUCACUGACGAUAUGCGUUCCGUAUAAUAUGUAAAUAUCUAUAUACUUUCAUACUUUCAUACUUUCACUUUCAGCGUCAAGCGGAGACAAAGUAGAAUUUAGUAUACAUACCGACAUAUUUAUGGUAACCAUACUAUGGUUAUCAGGAGAGGUACAUCUGUAGUACACAUGAAAUAUAAUCAUUUUCUUAAGUUUAAAAAUUGUAAAUUUGGAAAUAAUUUAUGAUUAUGUGAUUAAUGAAAUCAUUAAGGACGACCAAAUUGGACUAAUGUCGAUGUCAGAGUCCUUUGUUUACUAUGCUGGGUGUGUCUCAUAUGUAUGUACAGAGCUUCCAUAAUUUUGUGCCAUAAUUUGUUUGCCUAAUCAUAAGCUAAUUAGCCCGGAAACCAAUUAAAUUAUCAAUAAGAGCACUCAAAAUAUUUAUUUAAGGUGACUAAUUUCCUUGACCUUUUUAUAACCUGUCAAAUUUAAAUUUCUUCCUUCAGUUAACACUAUGGUUCACCCCAUACAUAAGUACAUACGUAAAUUGUACAAUAGUUAAACCAUGACAUUGUCGCAAUUAAAGAAGCUACUCUAGAAAAA